GAUGAGAAAGUGGGAGAUGCAAAAACGUCAACGGGCGAUAGAGAAUGCACUGCAGGGCGAAAGUAUAACACUCAAAGAUGCUCGUAAAAUCUCGCAGAGGACCCUGAUUCGGUGCACAUGCGACAAGUGUCCCGUCGGCGGUCGUAUCAAGCAAUUCAGAUCCUGGCAAUUACAUCGUGGCGCGGACCUCUGGGAGGAACAGCGUGAAAAGUUGGAAGAAGAGGAAGCGGCGCGCAAGGCAAAGGCAGCAGCUUUGGCUUUGGAAUCAACCUCUACCAGCCCCAGCCCAGAGACAGCUGUUCCCACCGGAGGGCAAAGCUCGGCCCCAAGAGCUUCUUUCCAGUCGCACGGACAUCUCCGCCCUUCCGAACACGUCAAGCGAAGAGCAGAUGGACGCGAUGGAGACAGAGGCAGAAGCUUUCUGCUGAGCCAGCUGCAGCGCCGGAGGGUAUGGAGGGGCGAAGAGGGCGGGCGAUGAUGAGCGACGUUUCCCCGCAUCCACUCCUCCCCCACCCGGAGGGGCGGGAAGCUGAGGGCUGGUAGGGAGUCGGGCAGGGGCUGAAGUGGUGUCGGUGAGGCAGAGGGUGUCCCCCGUACUCGGUAUCCUGCCUCGGGUUCUUGAAACCGCUUCUGCGCGAUGAUGCUGUCGAUGAUGCAGAGCGAGGGAAUGCUGAUAGGCUUGUAGAGUUCGAUCUCCAGUGCCAGGACCGAUCGCCGUGGAAUGCUUUUCGUGUGAGAGGGACGAGGCGGACUGGGCACGAAGGCGUCGAGGGGAUAGACCUUGGUAGCGGGUACCGCAAGUCGUUGGAUAGUUACUAUCGCAGCUAUGGGUGCGAUCUCUUCAGCGUUGACAAUGAUAUGAAACCAAACCAGCGGUGGGACGUUUGA